CGUUAAAUGGGUACUAGACUCAAUUGAAAGAUUGAAAGUUCUGUGGAUCUGUCGGCAUCAAUAUUACUCUAGAUUAUUAUUGAUGACGUUGCAAGUUGCAUUUCGAUAGAUAUUAUUUUAUUUAUAAUAUUGAGAUAAUAUAUUGUGAUUAUAAUGCUGAGUUUAAGGGAUAAACAAAUAAAUGCUCUCAAGCAAAUGUUAAAUUUAAAUCAGCCUGAACAAAAGCACGACGAGGCAAUACCAUCAUGGAAAAUAUUGAUCUACGAUAGACUUGGUCAAGAUAUUAUUUCACCGUUGAUAUCUGUUAAAGAAUUGAGAGAGCAAGGUAUUACUCUUCAUAUGCAAUUGCAUUCAGACAGAGAUUCUAUUCCUGAGGUACCGGCCAUAUAUUUCUGUGCACCUACCAAUGAAAAUUUGGGAAGAAUCGGACAAGAUUUACAGAAUGGACUUUAUGACAUGUAUUAUUUAAAUUUUAUAUCUCCAAUAUCUAGACAAAAAAUGGAAGAUUUAGCAUCGGCUGCUUUGUUAGGCGGAGUUGUCUCUAAUAUUCAUAAAGUAUACGAUCAAUAUUUGAAUUUUAUUACUUUAGAGGACGAUCUUUUCAUAUUGAGGCAUCAAAACAGUGACAUCAUAUCGUAUCAUGCUAUCAACAGAGGAGAAGUGAAGGAUAGCGAGAUAGAAUCCGUUAUGGAAAUAAUAGUAGAUUGUCUAUUUUCUGUGUUUGUAACAAUGGGAACAGUCCCAAUUAUUCGCUGUCCUAGAGGAAAUGCUGCAGAAAUGGUCGCUAAAAUGAUUGACAAAAAGAUUAGAGAAAAUGUUUGGGAUGCAAGAAAUAAUCUUUUUGAAGGAGAAACAUCUGGACAUUAUAGUUUCCAAAGACCUUUACUUAUUGUGCUAGACAGGAAUAUAGAUAUGGCUACUCCUUUACAUCACACCUGGACUUAUCAAGCAUUGGCUCAUGAUGUAUUAGAAAUGGCAUUGAAUAGAUUAGUAGUAGAAGAAAAUAUUGGAAAGUCUCCUGCAGGCGGAACUCGUUCCAAAACCAGAGCAUAUGAAUUAGAUAGCAGAGAUCGUUUCUGGUGUCAACACAAGGGUAGUCCAUUUCCAAGAGUAGCUGAAGCUAUUCAAGAAGAAUUAGAACAGUAUCGAACUUAUGAAGAAGACGUUAAAAAACUAAAGUCUUCCAUGGGUAUAGAUAAUGAAAGCGAAGUUGCCCUAUCUAUGGUUUCUACAAAUACUGCUAGAUUAACAAGCGCAGUAAAUUCAUUACCGCAACUUUUAGAAAUGAAACGUUUGAUAGAUAUGCAUACUUCUAUAGCUACUGGUAUUUUAAAUUACAUCAAAUCCAGACGUCUUGAUACAUAUUUUGAGUUGGAGGAAAAAAUCAUGAGUAAACAAACAUUGGAUAGAAGCGUAUUUGAUACAAUAAGCGAGCCAGAUUGUGGCACACCCGAAGACAAACUUAGAUUAGCGAUUAUAUAUUACAUCUGUACGAAUAAUAUGUCUGAUGUGGAUUAUAACAAACUGGAAGCUGCUUUAGAAACUGCAGGGUGCGAUCUAAGUCCAUUACUAUAUAUCAAAAGGCUGAGGAGUUAUACUAGAAUAGCAGAAAUUCAAAGUAGUUAUGAAGGAGGUGGAACCAAAACCGUCAGUAUGUUUUCAAAACUAAUGAAUCAGGGAUCUUCUUUUGUUAUGGAAGGAGUUAAGAAUCUGGUUGUUAAAAAACACAAUUUACCAGUAACAAAAAUAGUUGAUGAACUUAUAGAAUCAAGGAUAUCGUCUCAAACCGAAGAAUAUUGUUACUUGGAUCCAAAGCAAUUGAAAUAUUCCGAGCAAAUGCCUAAAAAUCGACCAACAUUCCAAGAAGUUAUAGUUUUUAUUGUUGGUGGUGGAAAUUAUAUUGAAUAUCAGAAUUUAGCUGAUUAUGUGAAGCAAAAGAGUGGUGCAGGAGUUAAUAAAAGAAUUGUAUAUGGUUCAACAUCUUUUAUAAAUGCUAAACAGCUUCUUAAACAGUUGUCGCUACUAGGACAAGAAGGACACUCGUGAAAAUUGUCAAAUACGUAUAUGAAAAUGGUAUAUAAAAAAGAAAUUUUAUUUAUCAUAAUCCAUAAUUAAUGUAUACGGCUUGUUAAUAUUUUAUUUGUUGCUAUGUUACCUGUGAACAUCUUGGGGAAAAAUAAAAGUUCAUUAUUUUUUA